ACAGAGUGGAUCAGGAGCGAUACAAACAUGGGACUGUCUGUUUUGGUAUCGUUUCUGUCUUUCGUUUUUUGUGUUACAAUAAUACAUUGUACAAAAGGUGCGUCUGAUAUUAUAGUAAAAAAUAAUAAAGACUGUGAAAAAUUUAAAUGCAUACCAAAAUGUUGUAACGCGACCGAUUAUGUACUGGUCAAUAUAACAAAAGCCUGUGUCCCUUACACGGGUACCUUUGACUUCAACGAUAUAACAGUCUACAAUAAUGAUAUAAAUGAAAUCGGAAAAUCGUUACAAGAUAUUUAUCAUCUGACACCGGGUAUGUUUACGAACAGUACUUUCAGGGAAAACGUAAUGGAUGCUAAGCUAUUUGGAAAACGUAAUGCUUAUUUAACGGAGGAUGAAAUAGUGUAUUUGCAAUUUCCAAACUCAUUCAGAAGAUGGAUAGAUUUUGAUACCUCACAUUUUUGCAUUGACUACGUUCAGGAUGUACGGGAUGGGAACAUCAGUGAACCAAGCACUAGAUUUUUUAUACUCUUUGAUUUUGAAUAUGUGCCAGAGAGCAAUGCAUUCUUCACAACUGCGUUGAUCGUCUCAUGCAUUUUUCUGGCUCUUACAUUAAUCGUGUAUUCACUACUGCCUUCACUGAGGAAUCUUGCCGGCAAAGUGCUGAUGGCGUAUGUUGGGAGUUUGCUGGGAGCGUUCUUGUUGUUGUCCGUAAUACAGAUCAAGGAACACUCGGUGUCGGCUUGUAUUGGCUUAACCUUUUCUACGUAUUUCUUCUUUUUAUCGAGCUUCUGCUGGAUGAAUGUAAUGUCUGUUGACAUUUGGUGGACUUUCAGAGGUUAUGCAAAAGCUCGUUCGAUUCACCGACGAGGUGAAAACUUCAAAUUCUGGAUGUAUAGCAUUUACGGCUGGGGUUUGCCGCUGCUUAUGACGAUAGCAUGUGCCAUUCUGAAUGAAGCUGAUAUUUCGGACCUUCCCUGGCUGAUUAAACCGAAUAUCCCUCAAAACGGUUGUUUCUUAGAAGGAGGAGAAAAGCUGUUAUAUCUUUACGUACCUUUGCUAAUCUUAAUCGCUAGUAACUGGGUAUUCUUCUUGAUGACGACAUUUAAUAUCUGGCGUCUGAGUCGCGGUAACGCUGUUCUAAACUCAGCCGUAGCUAGCAUGCCAUCCGCGCAACGCUUCCAACGACACAGAUUUUCAGUGUACUUAAAGCUUUCGGUGAUCAUGGGCAUCAACUGGAUAUUGGAGGUAGUGAGCUCUCUGAAACCGGAAUUGCAGAUUUGGUACAUCACCGACGCGUACAAUUUAAUGAUCGGUUUGGCCAUUUUCAUUAUCUUCGUAUGCAAAGCCAAGGUCAACAACCAGCUUCGCAGAAUGUUCAGUGACCGCUGGAGUAGCAAAGGGACAGCCUCGGGGGCGCUCUCGCGGAAUGAGAACAGUAGUGUCACCAUGGACUCCAAUCUAAGUGCAGACGAUACGAAAAUCAACUUCAACCCGCAGAGCAAUUGGAAAUAAUAUCACCAAAAAGACACAACAAUAUUCGUAGACGUUAAAACAAGUUUCCGUCACGU